CACGUCAACAAUGAGUCAGAGUUCAAUUGUCAUCCUCAAAGAAAAGAAAAAUGAGAAAUAAAAAAAGUUAAAGUGUACAAAACUUGCUUUCGAUCUAAAACUGGUCAACAAUGUGUUCAACUCACUUAGAACAAUUUUUUAACAAAUUAAAACUUGGUCCAACCUGCCAGCUAUAAAAGCGGAUAAAGCUCACUCACAAUAUAACACUCUUCAAAACAUUAGAUUCGGGUACAAUUAUCUUCCCAACCAAAAGAAGAAGAAAAAAGAAAAAUUUAUAAAUGCUAAAGUCUGUUUCAAGUCGCUUUGACCGGAUCAAAUUAGGUUGGGUAUCUAUGGAUUUGGGUUCAAUUGUUAUCAUGCUCAACAAAAAGUAAAAAGUGAAAGAAAAAACACUAAAGCGAAUGAAACUCGAUCCAGAUACAAAACUCGCCAACAUUGAGUAGAUAUAGUAAGGAUUUUUUAUAGCGACAUUGGGUUCAAUUGUGAUCAUGCUCAACAAAAAGGAAAAAGAGAAAGAAAAAAACACUAAAGAGGAUUCAUCUCGGUUCCGAUACAAAAUUCGUGGUAGCAGCCUUGGAAAAUGAUGGUGGGGAAUAAUUUAGGAUUGCACCAACAAUAUUUCGAGAUAGGCUGCAAAAUGGUGGGCAAAGGCGAUGAUUUGUGUUCAAAUUAGGAUACUCAUGUGUUUUGGUUCAAUUGUGAUCAUGCUCAACAAAAAGGGAAAAAAGAAAGAAAAAAACACUAAUGAGGAUGAAACUCGGUCCAGGUACGAAACUCGUGGUAGCGUCCUUGGGAAACGGUGGUGGGGAACAACUUAGUAUUCCGCCAACAGUAUUUCAAGAUGGGCUGCAAAAUGAUGGGCAAAGCCAGUGGCAGAUUCAGAAAAUUUUCACAGGGGUGUCCUCUUCAAAAGUUAAAAAAUAAUAUAAAUAAAUUCUGUGUCUGCACUAUUCAAAAAAAAUCUACAUAUCCUACUAGACAAUACUUCACGAACUUAUCACAUAUUCGAUUUCUAGCCUUGUUCUUAAUGUAGCUCAAAGUAGAAAAGACUCUUUCAACACUUGUCGUGUAACCAUAAAAUCAAUUCAAAAUUAAGGGUAGCGUGUACGUAGUUUAAUUAUUAGGUAUUGAAAAUAGUUGGGGAUAAGGAAAUAGCGUUUUACUGAUUGCAUGAUGAUUAAAAUAGAAUAACAAAUGAGUAGCAACAUAAUUAGAAUAUGUUUGAUAAUAGUAGUGUCCUAGGUUGGAAUAACACGGACUACCACUUAUAUUUUGUUAAUCAUAAGCAAACUAUUAUCGAGGGUAGGAUAAUCAUUUUUUUCAAAUGUUAGGGUGUCCCGGAUUACCAAUUAUAUUUUGUAUACCCAUACGAAACUACUACCGGAGGUUGGAUAAUCGUUUACCCAAAUUUUAGGGGUGUCCCGGGACACCCCUACAUGCCCAUGUAUCCGCCCUUGGGAAAAGCCGAGGAUUUAUAUUCAAGGUAGAUACCCAUGUGUUUGGGUUACUCAACAAAAAGGAAGGAAAAAAAACACUAAAGAAGAUGAAACUCGGUCCCGAUAAAAGAAGGACUUGGAACUUCCCCACUUGCACUUGAGGAGUGUGAGAGCCACUAAUAAAUAGCAACUCACAACCUAGGCUUUAAUAUAUUAAUAAUUAAUACGACGGUAAUUUGAUGUCAAUAUUUAUUUGAUCUCAAUCCUGCAUCCAUUGACGAAUCAAAGUUGGUUGCAGGUGACAAAACUCAAAUGUGGAGGAUUCAUUUUCGGAAUGUGUAUCUCUCAUUGCUUGGCCGAUGGUUUUACAGCGACGGAGGUGGUGAACUCAUGGGCCGAGAUUGCAAGAGGACUGCCAAUUUCAGUGCUUCCUAGUUUAGAUAAGAGAUCUCUUCUACCACGUAAUCCUCCGAAGGUUGAGUUCCCUCAUCCGGAGUUUACAAAUAUAGAGAACAAGUCAUCAUCAUCUAACUCAAAUGACUUCUCCAAAGAGAACAUGGUGUGUAGGGUUUUUCAUUUUAACCGUGAAUCGAUAAAGGAACUGAAAUCAAAGGCUAUGGAAGAUGGAGUUCUUUCCAAGUGCUCCACUUUCGAAUGCCUUACAGCUUUCAUUUGGAUAGCUCGAAGCAAGGCGUUGAACAUGGUUGCCGAUCAGGAAACCAAACUCAUGGUACCUGUGAAUGUGAGGGAGAAAAUGGAUCCGCCAUUGCCUAAAGGGCACUUGGGGAAUGGAAUUGCAGUGGCUUGCACCAUCAGCAAAGCUAAGGACUUGAACAACGAGUCAUUUUCAACAACAGUGGGGUUGGUUCAAGAUGCAAUCAAGAUGGUUACAGAUGCUAGCGUUAGAUCUUCGAUUGAUUGUCAUGAGCUGCAUAGAAGUAUGCAUUCUCUUGGACAUACUAUUCUUGCGACAACCUGGUCCAGGAUUCCCUUUUGCACCACUGAUUUUGGGUGGGGAGACGCUAUUUUUAUGGCACCCGUAGCGUUGCCCUUUGAUGAGAUGGUGAUAUUUUUCCCCAACAAUGGGAAAGAGCACUAUGGAGAUAUGAUUGUUUAUAUAGCUUUACCAGAAUCGACAAUGAAGACCUUUCAAAACCUUGUGAUGAUGUAGACGCUAAUGAUGUGUGUUUCUUGUCUUUUCUCGGAUAUUUGUUUUUAAGGUUGUGCCUUGUACUUUUCAUUUUGCGUAGAUCUUUCUUGUAUGUUCAAUUAUCUCUUAAUAAUGUUAUGGGCUUCUUGACUCAUGCUUCUACGUGAACUAGCUCGAUUAGAUGGCUAGUUGAAUACAAUGUAUGAACUGUCUCGUUUUGAACUUAUGAGAUGUCCCAACAUUGUGACUAGAGAGCCAAUUUGACUACAGCUUAUGAGAAAAUUAAUCUAUAUUUUAUGAGUUGGUUUGUUAAUGAUGCAUAUAAUUAUUAAAUUGUAUAUGUCACCUCAUAUGUUGUUUAAUACAUUGAGUAUAUGUAAGCAAAUAGGUCUCAUAUAUGACAUAAUAUUAGGUAAUCACAUGUAUCACAUAUGACAUAUAAAUAUUAGGGUAUUUAUAUAAUAAAUUAUCUUAGAGUUGAGGUCGAACUGAACUUUCAAUCUUAAUGAUCUGUCAAGAUUUAAUAAAUGAGUUGGCUCGUGUUCGACUUGACUUGGCUUGUUUAUAAACGAACCGAACAUGAACAAGCCAAAACUCGGCUCGACUCGGCUCAUUAACAACCCUACUCCCAUGUAAUAUUCCAUUGUAAUAUUUCAUUCACGUGCAAUGCAUUAACAGCCCUACUCCCAUGUAAUAUUACAUUGUAAUAUUUCAUUCACGUACAAUGCAGGGCAAAAUAAAUAGUUGUGAGUAAGAAAGUCUACGGAAUGUGAAGUUUAUUUUGAUAUAUAAAAGUCUAGUUUUGAUGUUACUAUUCAUUAGUGGCUCACACACUCCUCCUUGCAAGUGGGCAAGUUUCAAGUUUCACCUUUUACCUCACCCUCUCAUUCUACAACCUUUGUGUUCAUUAAUUGUCUGUUGGGUCUACAUCUAUUGCUUAUUAAUUAAUUAAUUAAUUAAUAUAUAAAGGCCUAGGUUUGGUGUUACUAUUCAUUAGUGGAUCUCACACUCCUCCUUGCAAGUGGGCAAGUUUCAAGUUUCAUCUUUUACCCCACUCUCCCAUUCUACAACCUUUGUGUUCAUUUAUUGUCUGUUGGGUACUCUACAUCUAUUGUCCUUGCAAAGCGACUUGAAUCUUGUUUUACAGGUUUUGGCGGGAGCAAGCUUUAUCUAUUAUUGUAAUUGGCGGGUUGUGUCAGGUGUGAAUUUUCCCAAAACACGGUUCAACCAGGUCAAAGCGAGUUGAAACUGGUGUUGACGAGUUUUGAGUCGGUAGCGAGUUUUAGCUUUAGUGUGUUUUAUUUUGCUUUUUCCUUUUGUUUGAUAAAGACAUUUGCACCCAAAUCCAUGGUAUCCAACCUAAUUUGACCCGAUCAAUGCUGAACCUACUCAAACUUGCAGUCAGUCCAAAAAAUUCAUAAAGAAGAAUCACGAUUACCUCAAACCCAAAAAAAGUCAAAGGAGUACGUCUAUGUUUGGCCAGAAUUUUAGAAGUUUUAUGUUUCGUAACUUAAAAGCAUAAGCUUGAAAAUACAAAAUUGUACCAUAUAUUAUUCUUUUUUUAGAAAAUAAACUUUCUUUCAUUCUUUUUUUUCAUUAUUUUUUUUGGAAUAUUCCAGAGCUAAGACCACUCUAAUGCUCCCUUUCGCCAUGCAUAAACUGAACCAAAAAUUUGGAUAAGCACAAAAAUUAAUAUCAUUAUAAAAAAAUAAAUUGAAAAUUGUAUUAUUUAAGAUAAAAUAAAUCUAACGUGAUUCAUAUAAAUAAUUUUUAAUUUUUAAAAUUUGUAUUUAUAUUUUAUGUUAGAAUUUUUUUUAGUCAUUUUACAUUAUCUCUUAUAUUAGUAAGUAAUUCUCUUAUUUUUUUAGCUAAACACAAAACUAUUUUUUUAAUACUUCUUGAAAAGAAGCUGCUUAAUUCUUCAAAAGGUACAACAAUAUCAACUACUAACCAUACAAAUUGAAACAAUAGCGUCAUUAAAGAAGUUUAAACAUAAUUAAUCUAUUCGACGACCUUUCUACCUUAUGAAAGUUCAUCGUCCAUAUGCUAUUGUAAAUAACAAACCUAUGAAAAGAAUGAUUAAGAAUGAAAUAAGAUUAUUUUCACUUCUGGUUUAACAUUAAAAAAAUUUAUUUUUCUGAUACGCGAAACGAUAGGGAGCGGGCUUUUGCUACUAUCAUGUAAGCAUGAGAAAUGCUUGUUCAGUUUAUUGUGGCUCACGUUUCUGUUUCUCCCCCGUAAGGCCGUAGCUCCUCUUCUCUCCUCUUAAAUGGAUAGUAUGGGUAUUAACAAGUAACAUGUGGGUAAUUAUAAAAAAUUUUGUUCCCAAAUUCAAUCGCGUAAAAUAAAUUAUGGAUAUUUGGAUACCUAAAUAACUCUAAUAAAAAGUAGAUGGGUAUGGUAUACCUUAAAAAUUCCGAAAAUUCAAAUAAUCUCAUUAUUUAUAAUUUUGAUCCAAACAAUUUUGAAAAAAUUAAAUAAAAACAAAUAAAUAAUUUGCUUCAGGCUCAUUCGCGUUCAUCGUUUCGCGAAACCCCCUCCCAUCAUUGUCGUGGGUAGGUUGGAUAGGAAGAUUUCAGUGCAGAAGCCAUCUCUGAGACUCUGACCUACUUUUUCGAAUAGCUUCGUGUUCUCAGAUAUGGUGGCUCUCGACCGCCUCAAAUACGUCAUCGGCGGAUGUUUCAGGCUCUUCAGCAUCGAUGGGCUCGCCGCUGGGCUCGUGGUUGAGCAGCAGCUCUCUGUUCGAUUCAACGCUAUCGAUUAAUGGUGGAUCUAGUCCCGACGGUAAAUUGGGAUCGCAGUCUUGAAGGGGUAUGGGGUCGGGGAAGAAGGGUUUGGGGUUGAGUUUUCUUUUGUUUCUUUCCACUUUGCAUCGAGAUUUCAUUUCCUUCAAUUAUAGUUCUAAUUCCAUUUCCCUUGUUCCUUUGCUUCCAGAUACUUCGCGAGGAGGAAGACUCCUUCUCCAGAUUCCAUACAAACUCCUGCCAUCUUUGCCUCCCCUACUGCCACCUUCAUACACAACACUCUGGUUCAGAGCAAAGCUGAAACCCCUGUCAUUUCUUCCCAAUCACCCGUUGAAAGAGAAAUUUUACAAUGCUAUAUAGUAUUAGUGCUAUAGGAAUUUGCUUUUAUGGUACAACAUAAAAUUGUAUGUUUAUGUUAUGGUAUAAUUUCAUAUUGUACCUAUACUUUUUGUACAAAAUUUUUUAUGGUACAACUUGUACCAUAACAUAAUGGUACAAAUUGUUUUAUGGUACAACCUAAACUUAUACAUUUAAUGUUAUGGUACAACUUUAAGUUGUACAUUAAAGCACCAAUACUAUAUAGCAUAGUAGAAGUGCUCCCCAUUGAAAUUGUCCUCCUGGUAAGUUAAAACCCCUCUUCUUCCCGAGUUUUACACAAAAAUGGUUGCUUGGGCAAUCUUUAUCUGGCUUGCUUUCCUUUACUCUCAUACCCUUCUUCUAACCUCCUCAAUUUCGGAGUAUCUUCUUUUACCUCACUCUCUCAUUCAUGAACCACUGUCUACAACUAUUAUUCUCUAUGUUUCCCACUGCAGUUAUUGUCCACUAGCUUUUCAACUAUUGUUCACUGUUUUCUCGGUAAUAGCUAUUAUCCACUGAAUUUUUAUUAUAUAAGAUGUGAAUUACUAUUCAUUAGUGACUCUCAAACCCUUUCAAGUGUAAUCAUCUUUCACGAGCACUACCAAAUUUUUGGCAUUAUUAAAUAUGUCUUUGCGGUAAUCACCAUUGUCAUCUCAAACAACAAUGAGAUGCUAGCAAUGAAUUGUUAUUGUCCUCUAUUAGCCACUUAUGGUAAUCACAUAGUCUUUUUUUUUACUUAAUAUUAUGUUCACACUCACACGCGAAGCGUCAGCGAGUAGGCCACUAAUAGUUGUUAAUGAUGGAGAUGGAAACUUGUUCAUUCCAUUUAUGAUUGAAUUAGAACAGAUGGUUGGAAGCAAUGCAGUUAAAAGCGCGAUUCUACCUAGAAACGGAAAAUGGGUAAAAUCGUAAAACGUAGAAUCAAAGCGUAAAAGCAUAGUAUGUUUUUUACGCACCCUCUAAAAUAGCUAAAAUAUGUUAAGUACAACAUAUAGUAUGUAAAAUGUGAGUCUGUAGAUUUUAGAUAAGUGAAUAACUACAUGAAUUUCAAAAUUAAAAUGUAAUAUCUAACACAUAAACUAAUUUGUGUUGACUCAAAAGUAGAGAAAACUCAUAACAUCUUAAUAAUAAGCUCAUAAACGU